AUGGCGUCGAAUACACAGCGUGCAUCAAACCGCACGACACUUGGUCGUCGGAAGGCCGCACGCUCAGUCGAUUUUGGCUUACUGGAGCCUAAUUAUAAAAAGGGGCGAUCGACAUACUCAGUCAUGUACUCUCUGAAACCUAAAGUUGUGGAUUUCGAUCAAGUUUGGGUGCAGCUCAGGCCAACUAUCAUCGAUAUUAUCAAUUUGGUACCAAUUUCAAACGUUCAGUGGCAUCACAAGUUCAGUGACGUCUAUGAUAUCUGUGUAUCAAUUCCCACACCAUUGAGCGAAAGACUGUAUCAAGAGGUGAAAGCUUGUAUUAAAGAGCAUGUCCAACAGAAACGAGCUGAAAUUCGUGAGGUUGAUCCUGAUUUGUUAAUCCAAGAGUAUAACAAAAUGUGGAACAUCUUCCACCAAGGAGCGAUCUAUAUCCAUCUUCUUUUCGGAUACCUAAACAAGCAGUUCGUUAGACAAAAACGGUGCACAGAUCUUGACAAUUUUGCACAAUACGCUGCUUUUCUCCAAAUUCCGGAUGUUAAAGAAAUCGGAUGUCUGGCACUUGAAAUCUGGAAAGAAGACCUCGUGAAAGAAAUUUUACCAGCACUUGUUAAGCUCCUUCUUGCCGCUAUUGACAGUGAUAGGAAAGGAAACUACCCACAAGUUGCAAAUGUUGUUUCCGGUGUAAUCAACAGUCUUGUCAAGAUGGAAGAAACUGCGUUUGAUGCACCACCAGAAGGUACAAGAUACAAAUCUCGCGAAUCGAUGACUGCUUUUUAUCAGGAAAAUUUCGAAAAACCAAUGCUGAAUGAUACAGAAAUCUAUUACUCUUCACUAGCACAAAAAAUGCUUGCCGAACUCAGUUGUAGUGCAUACAUGGAACAAGUUAUCAUAAUGUUGGAACAGGAAGAGAUUCGCGCAAAGAAAUAUCUACAUGAAUCAUCUGUAGAGAAGGUUAUCUCUCUUUGCCAAAGGGUGAUGAUCAAGGCUCACAAGGAAAAACUGCAUUCAGUAUGUCACGACUUGAUUACCAACGAAGAGAACAAGGAUCUCCGGAACAUGUACCGUCUUCUGAAGCCUAUUCAAGCUGGUCUAUCGGUUAUGGUCAAAGAGUUCGAGGAGUACGUCAAAGCGAAGGGACUGGAAGCUGUAUCAAGACUUUCUGGAGAUAAUGUUCCUCAACAAUUUGUUGAAAAUGUGCUGAGAGUUUACAACAAAUUCAAUGAUAUGAAAACAGUUGUAUUCAUGGAUGAUGGUGAAUUCUCAAGCGGUCUUGACAAAGCUCUUCAAGGCGUUGUCAAUUCUAAAGAAUUCGGUCAAUCUGUUCCAAAAGCAAGUGAGAGACUUGCUCGUUACACGGACAGUUUGUUGAAAAAGACAACGAAAGGAUUGUCAGAUGCCGAUCUGGAAACGAAACUUGGAAGUGCUAUUGUGAUCUUCCGUUAUAUUGAGGAUAAGGAUAUUUUCCAAAAGUUCUAUUCAAAAAUGCUCGCUAAUCGUCUUAUCGCUAGCACUUCUAUUUCAAUGGAUGCCGAAGAGCUGAUGAUUAAUAAACUGAAACAAGCAUGUGGAUACGAGUUCACUAGUAAGCUCUCUCGAAUGUUCACUGAUAUCGGGUUGAGUCAAGAACUUUCUUCCAACUUCGACAAGUAUAUAUCUGAAAUAAAGCCUUCUCGGCCAGGAACCAAGUUUGUUCCAACUCAGGCUCUCAUUCUUCAAGCUGGAAGCUGGCCACUUAACGCUCCUCAGUUGUCCACCAACGCAACAACUAAUCAGACGGCUCAAGAUGUCGCAAACUUCCACUUACCGAUGAUUUUCCAACCGGUCAUCCAGGAAUUUGAGACAUUCUACACCGGAAAACAUAACGGUCGUAAGUUAACAUGGUUGUACAACAUGUCACAAGGAGACGUCCGUUUGACAUAUCUCGACAAACAGUAUGUGGCCCAAAUGUAUGCGUAUCAAAUAGCUGCUCUUCUAUGCUUUGAAAGACGCGAUACCGUUGUCGUAAGAGAGAUUGGAGAAGAGAUCGGAGUGAGCGGAGAAUACCUUCUCAAAACGAUUCGCACAAUUAUCGAUGUGUCAAUUCUCAUAUGCGAUGAGCCAACUCUUACAAUCGAUUCUCCGUUGAAGCUAAAUCUUUCACUGACUUCAAAACGAAUGAAGUUCAGACUUCAAGCUCCUCAAGUGAACAAAGUUGUCGAAAAAGAACAGGAAGCAGUUGCAAACACAGUAACGCAAGACCGCAAAUACUACAUGGAGUGUGCCAUUGUGAGAAUCAUGAAGACACGAAAAGUAUUGAAACAUAAUGCUCUCGUUUCAGAGAUUAUGGAUCAAACCAAGAGUCGAUUUACACCGGAUGUCGCAUUCAUCAAGAAGAGUAUCGAAGAUUUGAUUGAGAAAAUGUACAUUCAAAGGACUGAUCAGAAUGAUGAAUACCAAUACUUGGCAUGA